AUAAAUUGGCAGUGAACGUGUUCGAAGUAAAUGUCACAAAUCUAUUUAAUGCCAAUCGCCUUGCUACAGCAUUAAUUCUGGCUUUAUUCCAAACAUCGAAUCCAAUGUCUGGUGAAACGUCCACGGCGUAGGACUGUUAUAAAAAUAGAGAAGUACCUUCACUUUUUUGGCACUAUUUACAUCGUUAAUCACCGCAAGAAAGUGAUGAAAGAUAUUAAUUUAUAUACAAUGAGUACUAUAAGAAAGAGAACAAAUGUAAAGCUAGCAAAACUUUUUUAUAAGUACGCUGACAGAAAUGUGUUGGAAACAUCAAAGGAAGAAGUGGAUGAACCCACAGAGAUCGAUGAAGACUCGUAUCCGCCUAUAAAUUUUUCGUGGUUUGUCGAGAAUAAAAUAGCGGCCAUGGCCUGUCCACAGAACGUUGGCAACUUGAAUUAUUUAGCAGAUGUAGGGAUAAAUCACCUAAUCACGCUGUCUCCCGAACGAAUCCCACCUAUACUGUUAUGUAGGAAAAGAUUAAAAUGCACGAAGAUCCCGAUCAAAGAGUUUGGCAUUCCGACCUUGAAACAGAUAAUUCAAUUUAUUGAAAUUUGUAAGAAAGCAGAAAUCACAGGAGAGGUCAUUGGUGUCCACUGUCAAAAUGGUCACGCCCGUACCGGUACAAUGUUGGCGUGCUACCUUGUUUAUUUCAAGAAUAUGAUGCCCGAACGGGCCUUGCUGACAGUAAGAGUAAAGAGACCAGGUUCUUGCGAACCCUAUGCUCAAGAGAUGGUAUGUCAUUACCACGACUGCGUUCGAGGAACUAUCACCAAACCAGUCUACCGCCUUGUUGACGACAAGAAAUACUUCGACUUCACUAUGAAACAUGAUUAUCCCAAUGAAGAAAUUUCUAAUAAUGAUAUACUAAUACCUUUAGUUAAACAGGAAACUUUUAAGGAAAAACUGCUUAAAGAUGCAGAAUUUAUAAAAAAAGUUGAUAAAAUGGAAGCGGAGAAAACCAAGCGAAUGAAAACGAUGGUUAUAAAUCACAAGAUUUAUUUUUGAAAUUGGGUUACAUUUAUAAAUAGCAAUAUAAUAAAAUUAAUAUUUUAAUAUUGUUUUACAAAUUGUUUUUAUUGUAAAUAAAACUAUAAUUUAAAUUGAUUACAAAAUGCUUAAAACCACUUACAAAAACUUAAUAAUGACGAAUAGCUUUUGACAAAUAAAAACUACAAUAUCAGCAAAUCAAAAGUAACGUUUUGAAAUUGAAUUUCUUCUUACUAUCCAUUGACUAUAAACUCCUAAAAGAGACACCUUAUAAUCUGGCAGCCAACCAGCCCCUCCUUUUCCCAGGCCCGUGGAGUGACCACAAGCUUAAGCUCUUCUUCGCCCCGUUUGACUUUAAUCGGCAGAGGUCGAUAGAUACUGCUUCUAGAGACCUUCUGCACUUGAUGAAUAUUAUUGAAGUUUGUGGCGGACAGGUAACCGAAUUGGAUCAGCUGAUCAUUUCUACGCAGACCCUGAAAUUAAAAAUAUGUAUGACUCACAUAUAUCAUAUUAUAUUCAUAUGGUAAUAAAAACGAUAUCACAAGAAA